GCUGCAACCUCUGCAACUUGCUUCAGCCAUAGGCGUCUCUGGGACCGAUCCUAUUUCAAACCCACGUCUGUCUGGCACCCAAUGACCCUGCCUGAUAAGCAACUAAUCCUCCUUGUUUCUGCUCGGUUUUUGUCACCCUACUUGGCGGUCCCAGGAACCACCUGCACCUCCCGGUUGUCUCAUUCGGAUCUCGGGUGACGAUGGCUUAAGGAAGCCUCCUAUUGCCCGCUUUCUUGGGGUUGGGAGCUGGUCUGUGUGCCGACUGGAUCUGGGAACAGGUCAUCACCGUAACGCAGAAGAAUGGUGAUGUGCUGUCACUCGCCCUAAUGGCCGUCAAAUGAUAAGGAGCAUCUGCUUUUGCUCCAUGUCGUCAGUAAUGGCAGGCCUUGCACGAUGCCAACGGUGAACGUUCCAACCGGGGAAACGCAGGCACUUGUCCUGUCAGAAGAGGCGCAGUGCCAAUUCGGUCAAAAGUUCAGGCACGGAGUACGCUAUGCCCCGGCCUCACUAAUCGUUCCUAGUAGUGGUCGACCGAUCCGUGGCAAGCAAGUCACGAACCCUGCCUGUGGAUUGUUACCUACUCCUCCUGGGCAUAAUCUCGCUGGAAAUUCCUCAGCUAAGCUUCCGCCUCACAUUGUUUGGAUAAGGUAUGAAUCAAAAGAGAAGAGGCCGAUGGCACAUUAUCGGAUGACUGGAACUGUGGUGGACUCGGAAACAUAGACCCGGGAAGCUCGCAGCAAAAUGUCUCCAUACUACGAACACUAACCUAGUGCUUCUGUUUCGUGACAACGAACGUCGACCAGACUUCGUGGCUUGAAACGCCGAUUCUGCUACUGACUCUUCUGAACCGUGGAGCAAAGCAUUUACCCCUACACUUACAAUCGAUGAGAUCUCCAAGCAGAAAGUGUUUGAGGAGCUGUCGCCUAGCGUGAGAUCCAAGGUAGAUCGAUCGAUGGACGUCGAGUGUCUUUCCCUGCAAUGCUCUUUCUUCUAUCAGACGCUUGUUGGUAAACUUACCGAACGAUGAUUAUUGUGCGCCAUCUUGAAUGUUCCAGUCAAGCCGGCUUUGUCUUGGAGCGGUGCAGCUCAUAGAUAAGCCCGCUUCAUCCUCAAGUAUAGCAAGAUGUUGGUUGGGGCCCUUCAAGUUGUGGAUUGGAAGACAUGGGGCUUCGAAAUAAGACCGGUUCAACGACAGUUUAGCAGCCUUGUCUCGAAAAUCUGCUUGGGCUGUGCGAAUCAUUUGGAUACGCGUACCGGCGGAAUCAGUACUAGCACCGAG